AUGUUCCCCUUGCCGAUGUUUACACCCGAGCAGGUGGCUCGCGUGUGUGAGAACUUGGAGGAGACGGGGGAUAUCGAGCGACUGGGUCGCUUUCUCUGGUCGCUCCCGGCAGCGGUGCCCGGCUCCGCGAGCGAGGCCCUGAACAGACACGAGUCGGUGAUGCGCGCCAGGGCCCUCGUGGCGUUCCACACCGGCAACUUCGAGGCGCUCUAUCAAAUCCUGCAGAGCCACCGAUUUACGCGGGAGUCGCACGCCAAGCUCCAAGACCUGUGGCUGGACGCGCACUAUCGCGAGGCGGAGCGGCUGCGAGGGAGGCCACUGGGGCCGGUGGAGAAGUACCGGAUCCGCAAGAAGUAUCCUCUGCCGCGCACCAUCUGGGACGGGGAGCAGAAGACGCACUGUUUCAAGGAGCGCACUAGGAGUCUGCUGCGGGAGUGGUACCUCCAGGACCCGUACCCCAACCCGUCCCGCAAGCGCCACCUGGCCCAGGCCACGGGACUCACACCCACGCAGGUGGGCAACUGGUUCAAGAACCGCCGGCAGAGGGACCGCGCCGCCUCCGCCAAGAACAGACUCCAGCAGGACCCCAGCCUGAUGCCGUCGGGCAGCUCUCCGGAGUGUUCCUCCGAGGGCCACCACCACCACCAUCACCACCACCACCUGUCCUCCUCCUCGCCCUCCCCACGCAGGGGCCCCGGCAGCCCCCCGGCCAGUGACUGCAGCUCGGGCACCGGGCCCCGGGGGACCAGGGCCUCCAGCCCGGACAUCUCCGUCAGCAGUGACGACGAGUUUGAGCCUUGA